UCUGUCAAUGCAACCAAAAAAAAAAAACUAAAUUAUUGUGAUCGUAAAUAUAAGCGAAAGAAGUAGAAAAAAGGCCGCCCCUUGUAUCAUUUGUUGUUGCUAUUUCGCAUACAAAAACACACAUACACAUUUAUAUUGUUUCUUAUGAACAAAAUCGUCCUCUCCAUCAAAUACUCUAUACACUUUAUUUUGGCUCAAAAAUCAUUAGUAGUGCAAGUAGAGUUUAGAUUUACUAACUGUUUUCAAACGUGAAGUUCUUUCAUUUCAAUCAAACAGCUAACACACACAAAAUUGCUUAAACGGUUCUUCUUGCUUCUCUUCUGUAUCAAAAUUUAUUACAAAUAGUUGUUGUACACACACAUAUAUGCACAGAACCAAAAACAAUCCACACAAACUAAACAUUUUUAUUAAGCAAAGCUAAGUAACUUUUAAACAAAUCUUAAAUCCAAAUAUAAUGUCAGAAAUAUCAUCAAUCAACGAAAACGACACAAAUCUCGAUAUAUUGUGUGACGACGCCAUGGACAAUAUGGAAAAUGUGGCCGUCAUCAAAAGCUCUGAAAUGAUUCUGUCACCAACAGAGAACAGUCAGAGCAGUAUCGGCGCCUCAUCAACCAAAGCAGCUCCAUCAAAUGCUUCAUCGUCGUCAACGCAACCAACCACUGCCACCACCACCACCAAUGAACCGCCGCAACCAUCUCUAUUGACAAAGCCACGUUUGCAAGAGUUAGUGCGUGAAAUUGAUCCAACUGAGCAACUGGACGAGGAUGUUGAAGAGCUAUUGCUUCAAAUUGCCGAUGAUUUUGUGGAGAAUACCGUGAAUGCAGCCUGUCUGUUUGCUAAACAUCGCAAAGUAUCAAAGGUCGAGGUGAAAGAUGUUCAACUGUACCUGGAACGAAAUUGGAAUAUGUGGAUUCCGGGCUUCGGUACCGACGAACUGCGACCAUACAAACGGGCCGCCGUUACUGAGUCACACAAACAACGUUUAGCACUCAUACGAAAAGCUAUCAAAAAAUAUUAAAUUCAAUUGAUGUGACCAACACACACACACACAUUUUUUUAUUAGUUUUUAAGAUACAUUUAUUUCGCAAUUGAUCGAUUUUUUUAAAAGACUUUUCCAUUCAAAAAUAUUUUAUUGUAUUCCGUCGAUGAUGAACAAAAACCUCAACUCAACUCAAAAUACAAAAAACUAAUUCAAAUGAAAUUGAUACGAAA